UAGAAUAAUUAAAACAUCCGGCUUUUACUCAUCGGCUUCCGCUAUACUUCCUGGUGUGCGCUUAUGUCUAAUGUGGGAAAAACUGAGAUUAAAUAAUAGAAUUGCACAACUGCACAAUGAAGAUCGUAACAUGGAACAUAAACGGUAUAAGAACUUUUCGAAGUGGCAUUAAAAAAGCACUGGACUCACUGGAUGCAGACAUAAUUUGCGUUCAGGAAACAAAGGUUACGAGAGACUUGCUUGACGAAAGAACGGCGAUUGUCGAUGGCUAUAACUCGUAUUUCAGCUACAGUCGAGGGCGCAGUGGCUAUUCAGGGGUCGCCACUUACUGCAAAGACCAGGCCACUCCAUGUGCAGCAGAGGAGGGGCUCACGGGCCUCUUGACCAGCCACGAUGGAGCUGUUAAAUGUUACGGUGAUCACGCAGAGUUUUCUAAUGAAGAGCUACAGCUUUUAGACAACGAGGGACGUGCAGUCAUUACACAGCACAGAAUCACAUGCCAAGGUGGGACACAACUCAUCACUGUAAUAAAUGUGUACUGUCCAAGAGCAGAUCCUGAAAAGCCUGAAAGGAAACAGUUUAAGCUGCAGUUCUACAAGUUGCUUCAAUCCCGAGCUGAAGCUAUUCUGAAAAGUGGAAGCCAUGUUAUUGUUUUGGGUGACGUAAACACAUCUCACAGACCUAUAGAUCAUUGCGACCCCAGUGAGAUUGAUGAUUUUGAAGAAAACCCUGGGAGGAAAUGGCUAAAUGGAUUUCUACACUGUAACCAAGAUGAUCAAGACAGAAAAGAUGAGGACAUGACUGAAGAACAUGAGGCCCCUUUGAAUCAGUCUGGGGGAGGAAAGUUUGUGGAUAUGUUUCGCUUUUUUCACUCAACUCGUCCCAAUGCGUUCACAUGUUGGUCCACUAUGACAGGUGCGCGGCAGACUAACUACGGCACACGUAUUGACUAUAUAUUUGCAGAUUGUCAGCUUGCAAAAGACAAGUUUGUGGCAGCAGAUAUUAUGCCUGAAGUCGAGGGGUCAGAUCACUGUCCAGUGUGGGGACAGCUGAGCUGUACUCUCCUCCCAAAUCCUAAACCUCCUCCUUUCUGUACACAGUACCUUCCAGAGUUUGCAGGAAAGCAGCAGAAACUCUCUCGAUUUCUAGUGAAGAUGGACCAGAAAAUACCUCAGCCCAGUCCUAGGGAGGAAUUACCUUUGUCUCAAGAAGAGGAGGAGAGGCGAGAGAAUGUAAACCCAUCUGGAAGAGGUGAAAAGAGGCCAGCAGACUCAGCUCUUCCAAAAGGGAAAAAAACAAAGACUACAAAGCCUCAAGGAAAUCUACUUGCAUUUUUUAAACCCAAGACUGUUAAUGUUGUUUCUUCUAUUGAAUCGACUGAUAAGCGAUGUGAAAAUAAUGUUAAUCAGGGCGAGGUCAACUCUAUUCCAAAGCCCUUGGUCAAGCACAGGGUCACAGAUACUGCAGGAGUGUGUUCCAGCAGUGCGUCAAAAGAGGACAGACAUACUAUUAAAGUAGACAGUUCAACCUCACAGUUUCUUACACCCACCUCAGAUGCCAAGAAAGGCUCAGUGUUUUGGAAGUCUGUGCUGAAGGGCCCUCCUCCUGCUCCAUGCUGUAAGAUCCAUGGGGAGCCGUGUGUCCUCCGCACCGUGAAGAAGGAGGGGCCAAACAUUGGCAAGCAGUUUUUUGUGUGUGCCCGUCCUCAGGGACAUGCUUCCAACCCCGAGGCUCGCUGUAACUUCUUUGCGUGGGUUGAGAAGAAAUGAUGAACGACCCACUUACUGUUGUUUAUAUUGCCUCAGACAUGCUACAUGCUGCCAAUCCUGUUUAUAGUUUUAUAAAAUAAUAAAAGAGUAGUUUUUUAUA